GUUUGUUUUUCUUUUAUUAUAACAACAAAACAGGUCGUCUGCUGCAAAUCAGGAAAACAUUUUUAAAACGUGACAGUUAUUUUACCACUAUGGCUGUGAAUUUCAAUGUUAUGUUUUGUCGGCAUCCGUGCCGGGUGUCAGAUUUUUUGAGGUUUCAAAGAAGAUUCAAACAUAAGAAUACUCACUGGUCUGUCAUUGCAAAGAGGAAAUCACCGAAAGAUAAAGCAUUAGAACAUUUUGAUGAUUUUUACAAGUCUAUUUAUGGGAAACAAUGGCCAUCAAUUCGGAUUGGUCUGUUGUCUCCUCACAAAUAUUGUGCAGUCAUUAACAACUUUGGAGAUACUGAAACAACUGUGGAAGACCUACAGAAUCAAGGAGCAAUAAACAUAAGAAGACUGUUUGAAAUUGAGGCUGAAAGAAUUAAAGCAAAAAAAUCUGAAACCACAAAACGGAGGCGGCUGGAAAGAGUUUUUGAAAUGGAUAGGAAGAUGGAAAAGGAUAUAUCUUCAAAACAAGAACAGUUGGCAUCAUCAAGCCAAGUGGGAGAUCAUACUGGAGCUAAAAAUGCAGACUCAGCUUAUGACAAAGAACGGCACCAAAUUGAUAAUCUACGCAUUAUUGAUCCCUCAAUUGGACUGUCAGCUGGUGCGCUCCAGGAAUUUGUCCCUGCUACCCAACUGAAGGGACUGGAUGACUAUGUUCCUGAAUCGCAACAUUACAAUUACUAUAAGGAUGCUUCUGACUUUCCAGUUGUGAUUAAAAGUGAAGAAUCUCUCAAUUUUCCUAAAUACUUGAAUGUAUUCACUUUUGAAAGAGGAAAUGUAAUGCCAUUUCCAGAACCAAAAACUGGAUCAACUGGAGUUUUAAACUACUUUUUGCUUAAUGGGUCAUCCCUGCUGCCCAUUUUGGCACUUGGUGUGGAGCCUGGUGAUGCAGUGCUGGACAUGUGCGCAGCACCGGGUGGGAAGUCUUACAUGAUACUGCAGACGCUUCAUCCUAAGUAUCUCGUUUGUAAUGAUAUUCAGCACUCAAGAGUCAGAAGAAUUAAGUCAAUGUUCAAACAGUAUCUAUAUGACUUUGAGAAAUGGGAAAAACAAAUCAUAAUUACUGAAGGUGAUGGAAGUGCAAUUGAUGAAGAAGACUUGUAUGACAAAAUUUUGGUUGAUGUCCCUUGCACAACUGACAGACAUAGUGUUACUGAGAAUGACAACAAUAUAUUUAAACCAACAAGAGUGAAGGAACGACUCCGGCUUCCUGAGCUCCAAGCAAAGCUUUUAAGCAAUGCCUUGAGAAUGGUGAGAGUUGGUGGGUCUGUGGUUUAUGCAACAUGCAGCUUGUCUCCAAUCCAGAAUGAUGGUGUUGUACACAUGGCUUUGAGAAAGAUCUGGGAAGAGACCAAAGUGCAGGUGGAAAUCAGAGAUCUGACGUCAGCCCUGGAUUCUGCUAGAAGCAUUUUCCGUUUCAGCCACAGAAAUGGCUCGCGUUAUGGUCAUCUUGUUCUGCCAUUCCUACCAUCUAACUUUGGGCCACUGUAUUUCUGCAAAUUCAUGAGGACUGCAUGAAGCAUAAUAAUUAGCUGUGAAUAUUUUGUUAACAAAUAUUGUUUAUUAUUGCAAAGUGUUAUUUGCACAUACACAUCACUUGUACACAUUUCCACAAUAUUAAAUACAAUGGAACUUUAAAUAAAAUUAUCACAAAAUAGGAAUAAAGCUUGACACUAUUUAAAUUAAAUAAGUCAUCAACACCAAUAGCAGCUAAUCAAUUUUGUUCCAUGGUUGCUCAACACCUGUUCCAAAUAUCAUGUAGAAUAUAAAGAGGAAGAUAUUAACCCCAAAUGUUCCAUAGAAAAUUGCCCUCCACCGAGCAAUUGUUUGCUGUGGGAAGAAAAAAAAAAGUAUAAAUAACAGUGCAGUCAACCUGUUUUCACAAUUACAUUUCUUGCUAGUUUUUAAUUAAUAAUUCCUGUACUGUAACAAGGCACUAAGAGUUACACAAUUAUGGUUUGGGGGGAGGGGUGUUAUUUGAAAUUCCUUUGAUAUUGGGAUGGAAACACUGAAUGUAAGUUUUGACUGAAAACGUAAAUGCAAGAGCAGUGAUAGAGCAGAUAUAAAACUGAAUUAGUAGUAACAAUGACCACCUGCAACUUUGUAGAAGAGUUCUCAUUCGAAUGAGACAUACAUACAACUUAAGAGAUGAUUGACACCUCUCAAAAUAUGGAAUACCAGAACAGCUGCGUAGUCAUAGGCAUAUGUAGUAUUAAAAGUUACCCUAGUUUUAUGUUCUAUGGAGUACUUGCAUGACAAAUCAUUAUGUUGUGGAGCAAGUCAGUUCACUUUCAGAAGAUAAAUUAAUUUGUAUAAAUAUGGAUGCACACACACACACACACACACACACACACACACACACACACACGAGUUAGUAAUUCCUACCCACAAUCUUUUAGAUAUUACAAAAGUAGACACAACAAUAAUAGAAAUUGUUCUACAGAAUAAAAAGAGUUUUCAAGGAGAGAAACUUUAUCAAUUUGAUCUCAAAUUUUACUCUGCUGUCUGUCAGGUAUUUUAUAUCACCAGAUGAUCAAAAAUUUUGGUUGCAUCACUGUGCAUUCAUUUUUGUGCUAAAGACAACCUUAAUAGGGGAUAAUAACUCUCAUUUUUUCUUCUGGUAUAAUUAUGCACAUCAUCAUUCCUUUAGGCUUCCAGUGGAUUAUUUACAAUGAACUUCAUGAGGGAAUAAAUAUACGGUGAAGCAGUAGUCAAUAUGCCCAAGUCCUUAAAUAUAGAUCUACAAGAUGAAUUCGGGUGAAUACCACGUAAUAUUCUGACAGUACAUUUUUGAGCAGUGAAGACUUUCUUUCUUAAAGAUGAGUUAUUUCAGAACAUUAUUUCACAUGAUAUUACUAAAUGAAAAUAUGCAGAGUAUGUCAAUUUGCAGAUGUUUGUCGUCCCUAGAUUUUCAAUGAUUUGAUGAGCAAAUGUGUUUGAACCAUGUUGUUUUAGGAGUGCAAAAAAGUGCUUUUUCCAGUUUACAUUUUCUUCACUAUAGGCACCUAAAAUUUUUAAAGUCUUAACCAUGUUCUUAUUCCCCACCACGUCUUACAACUACCAUUGGUGUAGCACCUCUAGAUAUAUAGAACUGAAUAUGUUGUAUCUUUUUGAAAUUGAGAGAGAGAGAGAGAGAGAGAGAGAGAGAGAGAGAGAGAGAGAGAGAGAGAGAGACCAGUCACAGAAAAACCAGUCACUGAUAUUUUUAAGAACAUUGUUUGCCAUUUUUUCGGUUGACGAAUGUCUGCUUGAAUUGAUUUCAAUAGUAGUUUCAUCUGCAAAAAGAAUGUAAUUCUGCUUGUUGUAUGUUACACAGAAGAUCAUUUAUGUAUAUGUGGAAUAAUUAUUGAUUUCUGACAA